UUUCUUUAUGAAUGAAGUACCCACUUUAUUUACAUAUUAUUCUAAUUCUACUACGUCAGCGAUUAUGUUAAUAAUCGGCGGACACUGCACUAAUUGUUUUUAAACGAAAUCUAAACGUUGACAAUAAACAAGUUUGACAACAACAACACAAAAAUGUCAAAUACAGCUGUGAAAUUGCGAACCCAUUCAGCCAGUAUAAUUAUUGUCUAAAAAUAAAAAUAUAACACAUCUAAAUUAAUUCUAAAAGAUGGAGUUUGCCUAAAACGGCGUCGUUAAUAUUGUCUACGUAGAAAAAUCUCAAGCAUUCACAAUUUCUAGGUCCUUUUCAUAGACCCGUUAAAAAGAAGCCUUACAUAGGGACACUGUGUUACCUAGUAACUUUUAUUGUGGAGGUCAGAUAGACAGUCGCUCUGUAACAUACGAUGUUCAAUUGUCAUAAAAGCUUGAAAUUAAUCUCUUAAAUUAAAAAAAUAUAAUUAUGUUGUAGAUGUUGUGUGUACCUAUAAUAGGCAAGCAUACGAGAAACGAUGGUAUUCCUGUUUUGAUUCAUACUAAAUGUAUGUUAUGCUGUUGGUAUACCUAAAAAUAAAUAAAUAAAUCUCAACAUAUUUUAAAAGAUUUUAAUAUACUUCAUAAUGAUGGAUUAAAACUGUGUAAAUAGUUUUGUGGGCAUCUAAUUUAGUGAUUAAUGUAACCUACAUGAAAGAAAUAAAGACUUUGAACUUGAAAAUGAUGGAUGACACUGAAUUGAAACAUGAAUUUAUAAAUGAUGGCCAAUGCUUUGUUUGUUUGUCUGUUGGCCGAAAGUUAUUUAAUUUAGGAGAAUAUAUUGAUGUAUUUAAGAAGAUAACUGCAGAUUUGGAGUAUCAGAAUCACUUACCUUUAGAAGAAGUCCAGAUAUGUUGGGAAUGUUAUGCUUUUCUAAGGAGGUUGAAUCAGUUUUUAUUAAAAGUAAAUAAAGCAUAUGAACUCUUUGCUUUAGGACAGAACUAUAUACAUGGAUCUCAAUCUAAUUUAACGACUAUUAUACUGAAUGAGUCAUACCCACAAACAUUGUAUUUAGCUGAUGUUGUCAUGGCAACCGAUGUAAACAGCGCAGUCAAGAAUGAUGGCUUUGAUGAUUUGACAGAUGACCUUAAUACUGGAGAUUUAUUCAUAGAUGAAAUUAAAAUUGAAGAUGGUAAAAAAGAUGAAAAUAAGGAAAUGUCAGAUCCGAAAAAACCGAGAAACAAUCGUUGGGCAAAACAAAGAGCUUUACAAAAUAAAAAGCCAAAAUUCAAAAUUAUUACAGAAUAUACAAAAGAUAGUUUUAAAAACAUAGAAAUAGAUGAGAAAGAGUUAAGGUUAUAUUUAGAGAGAGAGAGGAAGAGUGAACAAUAUAUAUCGAAACAGUUUAAAUGCGAAACGUGUGUGAUAGCAUUUGAAAAUGAGGAUUUAAUGAAACAACAUGAAAACAUGUUACAUGACCAGUCAAAACCAUAUCCUUGUGAUAUAUGCAACUCAAGAUACUUGAAAAAGCGACAUCUAGCGGUCCACAUACGGAAUCAUUACAAGAAAUACUUGUGCACAGUUUGCGAUUAUGCGACUUGCGACAAAUCGCAGCGACAAUCGCAUUAUAAGAAACACAAGAGAGUCUUUCAAUGCAUAAAGUGUAAAUUGAAAUUUAGCUGCCGCAAAGAAUUCUUUCAACAUCACAAGGAUUGGCAUGAGCUAUUCAUAUGCGAUCACUGCGGAAUCAGUUUCAAAAUGAGAUACUGUAUUAAAGAUCAUAUGAGAAAACAACAUUCCCCACACAAAUGCGAGCCCUGCAACCGCACGUUCACUCGAUACAACGGCCUCUGGCUACACAACAAGCUGACUCACGCGGCACCGAACCCGCGAUACUGCGUUGAAUGCGACACUCACUACCCGGACAGACACCGGUACCAGUGGCACUUGGCUAAUAGCGCAAGACAUCGGAAGCGGAGGGGGAGUAGGAUACCUUGCCCGGGCUGCGACAAAAUCUUCUCCAAGAAUAUAUACAUGAAGGAUCACUAUAAUUUGGUACAUUUGAAAAACUAUAAAUACAGAUGUGAGGAAUGCAAUAAGAAUUUCAUUCGCAAUGCAGACCUAGUGAAACACAAGCGUCGUAUCCAUGAAGGUAUAAAACCGCCCAAGAAUAAGAUCUGCUACGUCUGUGGAAAGGGUUUCUCCCUCUUCAAACUGAACUCAAUCAAUCUCCUCAUAUGCUGGGAGUGCAAGGCCCUCUUAGAUAAGAGUUUGGCUUUCAGGGAACAGGUCCAGGACUCCUACAGGAUACUACAGACUUAUACCAAUGAGAACCUUCACGAAUGCCUCCUCUCAGAGGUGACUAGGCCUCCGCGCUUGAAGAUACACGUCAGUGACUCAGUAGACAUAGCGCCGGCGGACGGCAGUGCGGGUAGCGGGUUUGAGGAGGUGCCGGUCAUAUGCGUCAAGGAUGAGGUCAAAAAUGAAAUGAAGGAUCCGUGGGAUAGUGAUAAAGAUGAAGAUAUAGAUCACCUAGAAGACGAUUGUCCCCUAACAGACAGCUCAGACUGCACAAAAAAUCUAGAUUCUGAACUCCAGACUAUAAUAAGUACUAUAAAGAGAGAUAAAAAGAAAAAGACUGACGUCAAACACAAAAUAAAGAGACCUAAGAAGAUCGUGAAGAAUUUGAAGACAGAGAAAAAGCCAAAACUCAAAGAUCCAGAUCAAAAGAUUCUAACAAUAGAGUUGACGUACGAGGAACUCAUGCAAGAGAGAGAGAAAGAGUCGACAAGAGAAGUGUACCUCAAAUCGGAGUAUAAAUGUGAGAGUUGUCUAAUCGGCUUCAACUAUAAAAAGUCGUAUCAAGCUCAUGUCACUGCCAAACAUUCAUUGGAGCUUGGUGAAUAUAUCUGUCCUAUUUGUAAAACUAUAAUAGCUUCAGUUGAAUCAUUUACGGCGCAUUAUAAAAGACAUAUGAGAAGAUAUGAAUGCAGUAUUUGUCAGAAACGCACUCUAGAUAUGAAAGUAAUGCAACAACAUUAUUAUUCUACGCACGAGAUAUCUUUAAAGGAAUAUAAAUGUAACCUUUGUGGGAAAAUAUCGAACUCUAUAGACACACAUCGUUACCAUAAAGACACUCAUAAAGCCAGAGUGCAGUGCACAGAGUGUGACAAAACCUUCAGGCAUAGAGCAGGACUCAUGAACCAUAGACUUGCAGUCCAUGAGUUUCACAACGCGUUCCCUUGUACCAUUUGUGAUAAAGUGUUUCGUUGGAAAACUAGUCUUAAACGGCAUUUAGAAAAACAUGAAGUUAAGGCAAAGUCGUCUACAGCGGCCGCCUACUGUCUAAUGUGUAACGUUAGUUUCUCAUCGCUCUGUUCAUAUCAGAGACACAUGAAAAACAGCUUGAAACAUGUCACACAGGAUCAGCUGAAGUUCAUAUGCGAUCAUUGCAACAAGAGGUUCGCCGAUAAAACUAAGCUACGCGAUCAUAUUGAAGAAAAACACUUACAUAAGACUUACCAAUGCCAUAUUUGUCUAAAGCCAUCCAAAAACCGCGUGGGAUUAGAUCAGCACAUUCGCAACGUCCACAAAGGAAGACCGAAUAAUAAAAUGUGUCAUCACUGUGGGAAAGGAUUUCCUACUAAAGUCCAACUGGAAUCUCACAUUCGCACUCACACUGGUGAACGUCCUUUCAUUUGUGAAUAUUGUCCGACAACGUUUUCGCAACAGUCUAAUUUAUAUAAGCAUAAUAGACAGGUACAUCUGAACAUCAAAUCCAAACGUUACCCCAUAUGCAAGCGGAAAGACGAAAAACCACCGGAAGUGACGAUACCGGAUAGCUGUGAACCUGUCGACCCGUACAGGAACGUAUCCAUGUUAUAUACAGACAGAGGUUUCGUUAUAUAAAGGCAUUAAUUAUAUUAAGACAGUUUCCUCGAAAUUUCGACCCCUUUUUCUCUGUUGUAGCUGCAAAAAUAUUACUAUGAUGAAGUCGGAUCAAAACUUUAUUUGUUGAUCCAAGGUGUACCUUCAUGCCUUCUUUCAUGCCACAUGACCCUAUUUUAAAUUUCCCGCGACUCGAAAAGUCCCUGCUUCAUGCAGUCGCUCGUCCCUCGAUACCUGGCGCGGCCUCAUGGAGUCGCUCGUCGCUCGUAUCCAGCGACAAAUAUUAUGAUCACGUGGCUCCAUUUUAGAUUUCCCGCGACCCUGUGUUGCUGAUUUUCUAACCUCAUUCGUACCCCGUGGUAGUGAUACAAAUUAAGGAAAUAGAAUUGCACAAAAAUAACGAUAUAUUGAUGUUUCAUUUUUUCGAUUUUUCGAUGCCGUUAUUUACGGGAAUUAAUUUAGAGACCGUCACAGUACCAUUUUGUAUCGACUUGUCUCGCCGCUCAGUCUCGAUCGUUUUUCUUUUCUCUAUUCUACACUAAAUUCAUUACCUAUGAUCUUAUCCCAGCGACAAAGCUCAACAUUUUGAGCUUUAUCGCUACAUAUCACGUGAUCAGAUUUGUCGCUGCAAACGAGCGACGAGCGACUAUGAGGCUACGCCUUAAUGCGAUGUAAUAAUGGUCGUUCCUUGUCUACUAUAACGUAUAAAUCAUUGUAAUUAUAAAAUCAUAUUUAUUCAUAUGUAGUAGUUUUGUAUUGUGCA